ACUCGAUUUCUUCUUGUCUCUCCCUCGCUUCAGUAUAGACGAAGCCUCUGACUCUGAGCACUCUCUCUUAAUUUAAAAAACCAACCUUUUUAGUCUAAUAAACCCAGAAUCUGGGAGUGUAGUAAAAGGGAUCAAAAGAGCACAAUGUUUUACUCGCAAUGUCUCGUAUCGAGAAAAGGACCUUUAGGAGCUAUUUGGGUCGCUGCGUAUUUCUUCAAAAAGCUUAAGAAAGCUCAAGUCAAAGCCACUCAUAUACCUUCCUCCGUUGAUGAGAUCUUGCAAAAGGAGUUAGAUGCGUUGACAUACAGAGUUUUAGCGUAUCUUCUUUUGGGUGUUGUAAGGAUAUAUUCCAAGAAGGUGGACUUUUUGUUCGAUGACUGCAACAAAGCGUUGAUCGGUGUAAAGGAGUUUGUGGCUAAGGAGAGGAACAGAGAGGAGACAGCCGUGCCAUUGCCUGCAUCUGCUGGGUGUUUUUCCAUUGUUUUGCCUAGGAGCUUCGAACUAGAUGCUUUUGAAUUAGAUCUUGGGAUUCUGGAAGAUUUUCAUGGUGGAAAUGUUAAGCCGCAGGAAGAUAUUACACUUAAAGAUGGAAGUCAGGAAACAGAGAGGAUGGACAUGUACUCGAUGGAAAGGUUUGACAUGGAUGAGGACCUCAUGUUUACGUUUCAUGAAACUUUCUCUGCCAAUCAGAAUGAAUCCAAGCAUGAGAGUUUCGCUCAUGAUAUGGACAUGGAUGCAGAAUAUGUCAGAGAUACUACUGAAGAAGCAUCAGUCAAAGUCGUUGAAGUGGAGCCACUGGAUGAAUCAUUAGAAUCAUCCAGAGAUAAUCAGAAUGCAUCUAGGCAUAGGGAGGAUCCAGAAUCAGAUGAAAUACUUGUGGAACCGCAAAUGUCCGAAGAUAUAAUAAAAACUCAAGAAGAACAUACAGUUAGAGAAGCCAUAUGUACCAUUGUGCAGAGACUAGUGGAUCCUCGUGAACUCUCAAGAGAUAAUCUACACAGAGAUGGGCACGCAGAGAAUUCAGAAUCGAAGAAAACCUCAGUGGAAACAUGUUGCGGAAAGAUGCAGCAUAGCGGGUCCCUUCUUUCUGAAUGUGAAAGUCCUGAAGCGAUUCACAGGAUUGAGGAGCAACCUUCUACUGCCACAAGCAUUGAUAGGGAGAAAGAGAUCCCGGCGAUAAGUACGCUUGAAGAACCAGAACCAGUAUCUGUGACUGGUUGCAGAGACUUGCCAGAAGGCAUAGAGAAAUGUCGAGGCAGUAAUGAAGCGGAAAUGCCGAACUUUGAGUUGUUUCAUGGGUCUCAUAAAGAGCUAUCUGAGACUCCUGAAGUAAAUCUCAAUGGUUCUGAGAAAGAUUUUCUCUCUGACAUGACUGUUUCGAAAGACCCCAGUAGAGGGUUUGAUGCAAUAGAUAUUCCAGUUGCUGUCACUCCCAAAACACCUUCGCAGUUGAAAAAAUCAGGAGGGGAAACAAGCCCCCAGUUCUCGAUCAUUCCUACACCGGCUGCAAAGGAGUCUUCUCGGGUUUCACGGAAGAGAAAAUGUCUGAUAGAUGAUGAAGUGAUUAUUCCGAACAAAGUUAUGAGGGAAAUGAUAGAGGACUCAAGUAAAUUGCUUUUGAAACGGAGAAAUGUAUCUCAUACUGACUAUCCUGAGAGGAGAACUAAACGUUUUGCUGUACGAAGUUUCUUGGACCCUUUGAUUCAGUAUGGUUCUGUGGAACUCCAGUCGCUUUUUUGUCAGCCUAUCAAGCUUAAAAACUGGGCUACCACAGGGUUUCCUGAAGAAGCUAAAAUUGCCAGACGUACGGAAAAAAUUUCUCGUGGCUCCAUUAGAGUUCCUGGGGAUAUUUUAUCUUCUGAUCAGACUCAGAAUGCUCAAGAAAUUAUGGAGACACCUCAGGCUGCUGCUCUUUCUGGGCUGAGAGUGACAGUAGGAAAUAUUAACGAGGUUUCAGUUGAGAUGGAAGCUUGUUCCAUAGCUUCUGGAAAUGCUCAUCAAACAGAAAAUAUCCUUGAGACGCCAGUGAAGCAUUCAGUUAUUGCUCCAGAAACACCAGUGAGGACAUCAGAGCACACAGAGCUUGCUCCAGAAACACCAGUGAGGACGUCAGAGCAAGUAGAGAUUGCACCUGAAACGCCGCUGAGGGAAUCAAUGUCGACAAGAUAUUUCAAGGACCCUAAGACCUAUUAUAAAGAAACCAGACCUGCAAGUCCCUUCACUUCUUUGAAUGAGCACCCGUCUGUGUAUCGUGUGGAAAACAGAGAUCUUGAUACAAUUUUAAUGAACGACGAGCAGGUUAAUGCAGAUGACAGACAGGACUUGCAACAAGAGACAUGGUCAGCAAGAACAAGGAAUGUGGCGAAAUUCUUGGAAAAGACUUUUAUGGAGCAGAGGGAAAGAGAAGAAGAAGAGAAGGUGAGUUUGUUGCAGCUGUGUAGAGGAAGAAUACAGAAGGAAAGCGCAAGACUCUUCUAUGAGACUUUGGUGUUGAAGACCAAAGGGUACUUGGAAGUGAAGCAAGAUCAUCCAUAUGGUGAUGUUCUUCUCACACCGCUCAGUAGACAACAAGAAGCUUGCUGAAAAAAAUGGCUACUUUCUUCACUUAGAUUCCUCAGAGUUCUUCAGUUAGGUUUCAGGCUAAUGUUUUUUAGCUUUUAGUAUCUUUUAACAAAAUAGCUAGUUUUGCUUUGUUCUUUCAAGUUAAUUUAUUAGUAUGAAUGAUUGACGAUCUAAAGUAAGUAUGUUUUUAAGUAUC